AUGGCCAAAGUGAACCGCGGGUCCUCCGGCUGUAGAGUUAUGAUGGCAGCGGGGAAAUACUUGUCCAGCCCGGCUCCUCCGGCCUCCUCCCGGACAGCUGGUCCUCAGCAGCGGGACAUGCUCAGAGCCCCGCGGCAACACGUCUCCGACUCUGUGGGACAUUUCUCCAGCCAAAACCCCAACACAGACCGACAUCUAGCGGCCAGUCGGAACCUGAUUUACCGGGACAUCAAAGCUUUCCUGAAUGAGGUCGGAGGAGACCCUCGGGAGGCCCGCUACUGGCUCCAACAGUUCCAGAGAGCGUCCUCUUCUCAGUCCCCUGCGUUCGCGGUGCUCGAGGUGGACAGCUCUGUGUUUGAGCGCAGAGACAUGGUCCAGAGACUGGCGUUUGGACUGUCUUUUCUGCAGAGGAUGGACAUGAAGCCGGUGGUGGUGAUGGGGUGGUCAGGCAGCGAGGAGGACUGUGUGGUGGGCUCCCAGUGUAGUAAGGCCCUUGUGGAGCGGAGCCAGCAGCUCAUAGAGAUGCUCCAUCAACACUCUGCCACUGUCCUUCCCUUCUUCUCAGCUCAAACCAUCCUCCUGCAGCAAGGAUCCUUAGCUCCUCCAGUCAUCGCUGUGGACACAGAGCUGCUUCAGUGGAGUCUGGACUGUGGGACCAUCCCCAUUGUGUGUCCUGUGGGCAGAGACGAGCAGCAGCGCUCUGUCAUGAUGGACUCAAUCCUUGUCACCGCCGCUGUUUCCAGAGCUCUCCAGCCCCACAAAGUCAUGUUCCUCAACAAGUGUGGAGGCCUGCGCUGCCACCAAAACAAGGUUUUGGGCACAGUGUCUCUGCCCAGUGACCUGCCUGCUCUGUCCUCAGCAGAGUGGCUGCUGGACGUGGACCGCCGCAGAGUGACUUCCAUCGCCACGCUGCUCAACUGUCUGCCCAGCGAGUCCUCUGCCGUCAUCACAUCUGCUGACACGCUGCUGACCGAGCUGUUCAGCCACAAUGGGUCAGGAACACUAUUUAAAAAUGGAGACCCAAUACACAGGUACAGUUCCUUCAAUGAAAUCAAUGUGGAGCGUUUGCUGGCACUCAUCAACAAGUCAUUUGAAAAAAAUCUAAACCAAGACUAUAUUGAGUCAUUAAAAGACCGUCUGCAUACAGUUUACCUCUCAGAAAGAUACAGCGCGGCUGCAGUCAUCACCAUGGAGCCUGUGAACGGUGGCACUCCUUAUCUGGACAAGUUUGUGAUCAGCGGCUAUGAGCAGGGCCAGGGCACCAGCCACAUCCUCUGGGAGUGCAUCAGACAGGACCUGGGGAAACUGUUCUGGAGAUCCCGUUCCACCAACAAGAUCAACCCCUGGUACUUCAAACAAUGUGACGGCAGCUUUGUGACUGGUUCGUGGACAGUGUUCUGGUUCGGCCUGGUGGACAUCAGAGAUUCAUACAGUCUUGUGGAACAUGCAAGGGCACUUCCUGACUCAUUCCACGGCCCACCUCUGUGUGCGCCGCUUUAG